AUGGAAGAUUUUGACUUGGUGAAAACCUUACAGAAAACUUCAUCUUCUAUAGAAUCUGAUGUCAAAAAUUUCCCCCAUUCUCUUGGACUGAACUUAAGUACUAAUAGAAGUAGUCAUCACCUUAGUACAAAUGGGGUAUCCUCUUUCUCAGGGAAGACCAGAUCAUCUGUAAUUCAAGGUACAGUUGAAGUUCUAACCUCUUUAAUGCAAGAGCUACAAAACAGUGGAAAGAGCGAUUCAGAACUUUGGAAAAACUGUGAGACCAGGUGGUUACAAUUAUUCAAUUUGGUGGAAAAACAAUGCCAAGAACAAAUAGCUGCCCAGCAGGAACAGUUCCACAACCAAAUUCAACGUAUACAGGAGGAGAUAAAAAAUUUAGUAAAGUUACAAACCAAUACUGCUUCUUGGGCUCCCUAUGAUAGAAGCUCUUCAAGCCAACAAAUAUUUUCAGAACGUCAAAUGGGUUUUUUUUCUGAAAACAGUGACAGAAAUGAAUCUGUUGUCAAUUAUCUUAAGUCUAAAGAACCUGAAAUGCAGCAAGACACAUCACCAUCACAAGCAGACUGCAACAUGGAUAGUAGUUCAGUGAGCAGUGGGUAUGGUACCCUUUGCAUCUCAGAAUUAAAUACCUACAAACCUAAAGACUCUAAAGAGUUCAUGGAGCAUAAAGAGGUUUCUAAAGAACAGUACGUAGUCCCUAUGGUGCAGAUGGAUUCACUUAUAGACGGUGUAAAAAAUAAGAGCUUUUAUAUAAAGACUACUGAAGAUUUUAAUGCAUCUUUAAAAGAAGAUAUUUCUAUUUUUCCUGGUGAAUCUGAACAUCAUUUUCUUGGUGAAAAUAAGAUUUCUGAAGUAUACAGUGGAAAAACAAAUAGUAAAUCUAUAACAUCAUGGGCACAAAAGCUGAAACAGAACCAGCCAAAGAGAGCACACGUAGAAGAGGGACGUUCACAAUCUCUGCAAGGAAGGGAACAACCGAAGAAAUCACCAACUGAGAAAUCUGAUUUCACUGCAGCUACUCAUCCUCCUGCUUUUUACCUCAGUAAACCAAAUGAAAGUCCAAAUUCUUGGAUAUCUGAUUCAGCAACAGGACUGACUUACUGGAAGCUAGAGGAGAAGGACAUGUAUCACUCUUUGCCUGAGACUUUAGAGAAGACAAUUGUACCAUCCUCCUCUGUGAAUGUGUCACCGAGCCAGUCUAAUACUAGUAAUCAAAUGAAGCUACCGUCACUGAAGGAUAUUUAUCAUAAAAAACAAAGGGAAAACAAGCAGUUACCUGAGAGGAAUCUCAUUUAUGCUUCCAACCCAAAUCAUCCACCAGAGGUACUGACUCUAGAUCCAACAUUACAUUUGAAGCCAAAUCAGCAGAUUUCAGGGAUUCAACCACAUGGCAUUUUGAAUACGCUUGAUGACAGAAUUUCCUUUUCAGCAGACUCUGUUGUAGAACCUAGUGUGUCUAGUCACUCUGACAUAGACUCAUUUUCACAAGCAAGUAAUAUCACUUCUCAGUUAUCUGGAUUCCCCAAAUAUCCUUCAAACCCAAAAGCAGUGGACUCUUGGAAAAAUCAUGGAUUCCAAAGUGAAAGUAGGACCAGUUCGACAUUCCCUUCAGUAUAUACUAUUACUAGUAACGAUAUCUCAGUCAACUCUAUAGAUGAAGAAAACACUGUCAUGGUAACUCCAGCCUCAGUCAGUCAAUCUCAGCUUCCAGGUACAGCCAACAGUGUCCCAGAAUGCAUUUCAUUGACUUCCUUGGAAGAUCCUGUGAUAUUGUCUAAGAUUAGGCAGAACCUGAAGGAAAAGCAUGCUCGACAUGUAGCAGAUCUUCGAGCUUAUUAUGAAUCAGAAAUAAACAGCUUGAAACAGAAGCUGGAAGCAAAAGAAAUUUCUGCUGUGGAAGAUUGGAAAAGAACCAAUCAGAUUCUUGUAGACAGAUGUGGCCAAUUAGAUGGUGCUCUAAAUGAAGCUAACAGUUGCUUGAGAACACUUGAAAAUAAGAAUAACUUACUGGAAAUUGAAGUGAAUGAUUUGAAAGAACGCUUUAGUGCAGCCAGCAGUGCCUCCAAAAUUCUGCAGGAACGAAUUGAGGAAAUGAGAACAAAUAAUAAAGAAAAAGACAAUACCAUCAUUCGACUAAAAUCUAGACUGCAGGAUUUAGAAGAAGCAUUUGAGAAUGCUUACACACUCUCAGAUGAUAAAGAAGCUAGACUAAAACAAGAAAACAGAAUGUUUCAAGAUGUAAGUGACAAAUAAUGGUACCAUAAUGACAUGGUUCCCUAAAAGUGAUUUGUUCAUUGCACUCUUAAAAGCAAUUAUGGCUUUUUUUAAACCUUCAGUUUUACAUGACUUUGCUAUAGCUGCAAAUAGGUACACUCUUGAUCUAGGAGU